AUGAGUUUGAAGGGUUUCCAGAAGAGCAUUGUUCGCGCACCGCAGCAAUUCAAGGCGCGGUUCAAUAUUGGCGAACACACAAAGGAUCCGAUUUAUCAAGAUGCCGAGCGACGAUUUCAAGAACUCGAGAAGGAGACGAAGAAGCUUCAUGAUGAGUCCAAGAAGUAUUUUGACGCUAUUAAUGGCAUGUUGAAUCACCAGAUCGAAUUCUCCAAAGCCAUGACAGAGUUAUAUAAACCCAUCUCCGGUCGCGCCUCGGACCCGAGCACAUACACCAUUGAAGGCAACCCGGAAGGAAUUCAAGCCUGCGAGGAGUACGAAGCGAUAGUCCGCGACCUACAGGAGUCACUUUCGCCCGAGCUAGAGUUGAUCGAGACCCGCAUUGUGAGUCCGGCAAAUCAACUGCUGGAGGUGAUCAAGGUGAUUCGGAAGGUAGCGGUGAAGCGAGAUCACAAGAAAUUGGACUACGAUCGACACCGCAACGCUUUGAAGAAACUGCAGGAGAAGAAGGACAAAUCGCUGAAGGAUGAGAAGGCCCUCUAUAAAGCGGAGAAUGACGUGGAGCAGGCCACGCAGGAAUACAACUACUACAACGACCUGCUCAAAGAUGAGCUACCCAAACUCUUUGCCCUUGAAGCCGAGUUCAUCCGCCCGCUGUUUCAGUCGUUCUACUACAUGCAGCUGAAUGUGUUUUACACACUGCAUGAGAAAAUGCAGGGCAUGAAUAUCGCCUAUUUCGAUUUGACUCUGGAUGUUGAGGAGGCAUUCGAAAAGAAGCGUGGCGACGUCAAGGAACGGGCAGAAGCACUCACUAUUGUCCAUUUCAAGACAAAGGGUCUAGGCCGACAACCCUCCAAGUUCACACCUCCCGGCAAGGACAAGAUGGCGUACGAGAGCAAGAGCACGUUCUCCCGCACGAAUCGCUCCGAGGAGACCGACAACCCUCCUCCACCGUAUUCGGCCUCUGCAAGUACUGUUGCGGCUGCCAAGGCCAAGCCGGCGCCUCCGCCACCCAAGCCCAAGCCCGCCCGAUUUGGUGCGGCAGUCGAGACGGUUACAGCCUUGUAUGACUACGAAGCACAGGCGCAUGGUGACCUCAGCUUCUCUGCGGGCGACGUGAUUGAGAUUAUCCAGCGGACGGACAACCAGAACGAAUGGUGGACUGGUAGAGUCGAUGGACGAGAGGGCCAGUUUCCAGUCACGCGGGAAGAAUGCGACCGAGCUGCUGCUGAGAUUACUGGUCAAUCUGUGGAGCCAGUUCGGCUUCAAGGAGCGUUCAGUUACACUGUAGCAGCUGGGGAGCUCCUUGUACAAUUCCGUGUUCCCGAGUCUCUCUUAGAUACAGAAAGGCUGGCUCUGGCUCGGAAGAUCUACGGCAGCGUUGUGCCCGCCUGUGUCAACAGAGGUGUUAUAGGACCAUCGCCUUCACUCACUGUCUAUGUCAUGGACAAGAUUCCCGGAAUAACCUACAUCGAAGUACCUUUAACAACACUAUGUUGUACUUCGUGGCAAGAGCAAACAGUGUCGGAUUUUGCGAGAUUUUUUGCCAACUCAUGGGUGAACCGACUGACGGAGCCUCAUCGCUCCGAGCUCUCUUUGGCAGAUCUUCAAAACAAGCUUGAUAUACUUGUACGGCAGCUCCCUCCGCGUUUUUCAGGCAUCAUCUCCAACCUUCGCGAAGAACUUCCCGCAAUUUUUGUUCCCAGGUAUCCGUUGGCUCUAACUCAUACUGACCUGUGUGAGAUGAAUAUCAUCGUCAAUGCUAAAGCAGGCGGUAUCAAUGGGAUCGUUGAUUGGGGUGAAGCGAAAGUUUUGCCAUUUGGAAUGUCUCUGUGGGGUAUUCGGAGCAUGCUUGGUACUAUGAACUCAAGUGGUUGGCACUACCACGAAAAUUCUUCCAGGUUGGAAGGGCUUUUCUGGGAUACGUUCCAUAGACAUGUGGGAAAGAUUUCCGAUGACGACAAACAUGCCAUGAAAAUUGCGGAACGGGCUGGAUUGGUUCUUCGUUAUGGUUUCACUUGGGAAGAUGGUAUUUUCGAAAGGCCCGUGAAUGAGCAAGAUUCUUCGAUUAGAUAUUUGGAUGCAUUCUUACACCGCUUGGAGGAUUGA